AUGUCAAUUGCCAUCCUGGUAACGUUCAUAGUAUGCUGGUUGCCCACUUCUAUCUGGUGGUUCCUUGUUCUUUAUGCACCAGACAGCACUAUGACGGCAUCUUGCGGCUUCCAAUACUUCGGAGUUACUGCUUUUCGUCUAGCUUAUUUUAACAGUGCUAUAAACCCUUGUAUCUCUUUCAUUUUCUGUGGAAACUAUCGCCAAGGUCUUAAAAAUCUCUCGAGGUGCUGCCUUGUAUGCACCAGAGCCAGCCAAGAUGCAAAGUAUUAAGGUUCACUCGCAAGUUUAAGUGAAAAAGAUUACGAAGCCUACAAUUACAAUAGAAGGAUCGGCAAUGGAUCAGUUGUGGCCGCAAUUUAAAAUUGUGAAGUAAUGCUUAGUCUUUGCCCCCAAAAAAUGCUCACAGGUUUAUAGUCUGCAACACUGAUAGCAGGUAAACCUGACUCCAUCCUUGUAAAUUACAUUUCGCACGUUGAAAACUUGAGUAAAAAGUUAUUAAUUAAAUCUAGUUAAAAUGAGUUUAAAUAUUAUGUAGCAUAAGUCAAAAUAUCUUGGAAAUCAUCUUCAUGGUCUCAAAAAUAAUCAUUGUUGAGGCGCUGUUUUAGAGCUAGUUCUAAUAAAUUGAUAAAGAUAUAUCAACAAAUUUGGUCCACAAUUAUACACAACUUUCAGCCUUUCAGUCCGAAAAGUUGGACAUUUAUUUGUUGUUUAGGUGGGAAAACUUCUUGAUGUCAUUUCAGUGGGAAAUUUCCCAGGUCAUUUGGUCACAAAUUAAUUCGAGUAAAAACCUUACAUCCAAGGGUCUGCGUGCAGAUGUCGAUAUUAAUCGUGAAUGCUUUCCUUACAUCCAGGGGUCCCACAUCGUACCUCAUAUCUAGGAGUUUUCAAUUGUAUCUCUAAAUAGUCGCUAUGUAACAAAGAUGAUUUAAAUAAGGAGGUUUUCACAGAAAUUUUACGGUAGCUUUACAUAAGGGUCUGUUAUCAGCCAUUGAUAAUGAUCCCAUGUUUGAUCCUUUGGUCGAGUAGGUUGACACUAAAACAAACUGGGGCUUGGAAUGAGACGUUUAUGCCUUCUUUGAGUGAGGAAUCUUCUUGAUUUUAUUUCAGUCAGAAACGAGAGGGUGCAAAUUUCAGUCGCAUUUUAACCUCUGAAUACGGCAAAGGCUUCCAGACACAUGUUGCAUGGCAUGGGACACUAAUGUAUUGCCUUAAGGUUGUUUUUACCCGCUACAAAAAGAAAAAAGUUUGAUUCUGUUUCGUAACCAGAACAUCAAGAUUCACUUUAAAAAGUUCAUUUUUAAAAACGAGAUACAUAUAUAGUAAUGUAAAAGGAUUUCGAGGUGGAGUGUAACUAAAUAUGUGUCAUUUAAUAACGACGGUCCAGUCCAUCAAGUGAAAUGUGAAGCCUAAACAAGAAAACGUCCGUCAAUUACUUGCACGAUGUGGUCACAAUCAGAAUUAAGCUAAAAGUACGACUUUAACCCCAAAACUGCCGAAGAAUAAACUUGUUCUUAACAUUGUUCUAUGCACAUGAAACGGUUUGCACUUCUUCCGAAGUCUUCGAAAAAUUCCACACUUUAAAAUUUUCUACCACUUGGAAAUGUCUUGUACUCAAACAAAAUGCUUCAGUUCAAAUUUUGGAAACUAAUCCUAUUUUAAUUUUUCAUGGGAAAUUCAAACAUCAUACUUACGGACUGUAAAAUAACCAAACGUCCAUGCGUCAAAUUUUCAUCUACAAACAGUGGACUAAUGCCUUGUUUUACGAAAAGGUUUUGUAAGAUUCUGACUCGUUCUCAGGCUAACAUGGCUGGAAGAGAAAUAAGGUGUCAAGAUAUUCGACAGAUCCCUAUUUGUAAAGAUAUUCCUCCAAUUUUUGAGAUCGCGCAAUAUUUCAUUUGUAAAUAGGUUUUAGAACAACUUAGCUCAUUGAGCAUGUUUAGGAAUAACAUAGAAUAUUACUUCGCGAGUAGGUUAGCUGUAUAUUCCCUUACUAAUGAUGUUUUGACCUUAAUUUUAUAAAAAAGAGCGAUUUUAACAUGUUGUUUCACCAAAAACUUUUUAAAUGUCUUGUGGUUUUCAAAAAAUGAGGGUUGAAUGAAAUCUGAAAAUGAAAUGUCCUCCUGUCAGCAAUCAUAAAGAACAGCUAGUACAAUAUUCUCGAAAUAGGGUGAAAGUCAAAUAUAUUUAUUGUAAAAAGAGGUUACAAUGGACACAAAGGUACAAAAGCAAUUAAGCGAACUGUCAUUUUGAGUGAUUUAAAUCAACCUCUAAAGAAAUUGCACUUUAGACAAAAUAGCCGCUCAAUCCACCUGAAUUAAUUAACAAUGUAUUCCAACAGGCGAGGAACACAUCUUUUCCUUCCAUUAUCUCCAACCAGUGAGUUAUCUUGUAAUAACUAGAAAUUUUGAAUACAAAUGCGAAUCAAAUCUUAGGAAAGCUUAAGGAACGAAGGAAUAUUGGAGAAAAUGAGGAUAUCUAGAAACAAAGCAGAUAAAAUAGAACCGCUUUGACGUCGGCGUAUGGAAACAACUGGCCGGCUUUCACUUGCAUCUAAAAGUUCGGCUUUGCUACCCAAUUCUAGAAUGAUCUAAGUCAACUUCUGGAAAUUCAAAUUUGGACAAAAUAGCUGCUUAAUGAGGGAGUCAAUAAGUUGACGGCUUUCACGGCUAACGGUUAAAAUUUUGGCCGAUUGACAGUUAAAGUACGGUGAACAUCUGUCAAUUGUUUUCACCAGAAUUUCUUUUUUUGCAGUUACCUUUUUUUACGACUAACGGUUGAAAUUUGUCAAUUUUAACGGCUAAUUUUUUGGCCGUUUUACAGCUAAAGGUUAACCCCACUGGGACCCUCCUCAAUGCACCUGAAUUACCUAACAAUACAUGUUGGGUGACAUCUUUUCUCAGCACAAUCCGCAACCAGUAAGUUAUUUUGUAAUGGCUAAAAAUGUUACUUACAAGUGCAGAAUUAAAUCUUAGCAAAGCCUAACUAAAGAAGGAACAUUGGAGGAAAUUAUAAUAUCUAAAAACAAAUCAGAUAAAAUACAAUUAGUUUGGAUGCCAGCGUAUGGAAAACAGCUGACUUAGUUUACAUUUGUUUGCGUCUAAUUACUCGCUUUCGCUACACAGAUUGGUUAUGGCUUUACUUUAGAGCACGAUAACAGCGUUAUAUUCCCAAGCCUAUCUGUUUAUGUCUGAAAGGCUAAGAAGACGACGCGAUUAUUUUUCGUAUGAAAAGAAAGAAUAAAGGAAUGAGAAUCGUUCGGUUCUUGCAUUUCCAAAAUACGUAAAAGAUUUGACAAAUCGUUUUUGCUUCCUUCGAAAGGAAAAGCGGCCGUCUGAUACAAACUGCAAACGCAUUAUUGUCACGGAACAAUUAUCCUACAAGUCAGACCUGAUUAACAACACCAAGAAGACCAUAAGAGCAAAUAUAAUUUAGCGACCAUCACUUUAUCUGAAAGGAUUUUAAAAGACGAAACGAAAAAUUAUAAAGAUGUUUGAAUAAACAAUUUUAACAUAUAGGUAUGAUGAAUUUUUAUAUUGAUUUUAAGUUAUUGUAAUUUCUAGAGUUAGAGAACAGCUGGGUGAAGAGAAAACAGAUCUCUAAAUUACAAGAAUAAAAGAAACUUAACUGUAGCCCUGACUGAAACACAGCUUAUUUCAAGCUGCGCAGUUAAUCCUAAAGAUGAAAGAAUUUUUUUUAUUGUCUGGUUUCAAGAGAUAUAACGGAAACAUAAUUUUCUCUUGCUGGUAUUUCUCGAUAUAUUUCUCAACAAGACAAAAAACUUGAGAUUGCUAAUCAACAUGUUAAUUGUAAACAUGGUCACGUCUGAUCUGUUUUAUUCGAUUUUCCAGUUUCUUAGGUAAGACAAUAAAGAACAACAACUGGCUCUCUUCUGCUUCGCAGGGGAUUUCCAAAUAUAGAACAAACUGUCCUCAGCAUAGCGUGUAGUCUUUGACUGAUGGAUGAUUGGCUGCAAUAUACAUAAAGUCUUAAACACAUCAAGAAAACCGAAUGUACUGACACAAUGAGUAAAACCAAUUACAAAAAGAGAGAGCCUGGAGAGAGAGACAAGACCGUCUCAAUUUCCAAAAUGCACCAACGGCAGAGGCAUAAAAGAUUAAGAAGUCACGGGGUGCUUAAAGAUUAUUAACUUCUGGUCCGUGUCUCUUAGAUCAGAUAAUGAUCAAUGUUCUCCUACAUUUUCCAUCUUUUCUAGCGAUGAGCAUAUGGCGCAAUGCUUUCCGCAAACUAGACUGAUGGACUGCCACUGAACUAAUCUCAGCUAGAAUGAGAGAAAAGUUUUGAGUGUCAACUGUUUUUAUUCAUGGCGAUUCCACAUUGACCAAUUUUGCUGAAAAUAUUGAUAAACAGGUUACUUUGUUCAAACAAGGAAAGUGUAUAGAUAGGAGCCAAAGAUUAGUUCUCGCAGAUCUAUUGGCUGCGGACACUGACUUUUCAGUGUCAAUGAUGUCGGCAAACCGGACUGCAACAAUGAAUGGAACUCAAACGUCGAGCUGCUUCAACCAUGAAGCUAAAAGAAUCGGAAUUUCCUUUUAUUACUACCUGAGUUUUGUUCUGGCACUGAUCGGAAAUAUUAUCAUUGGAAUUAUAGUCUACAGGACGAGAUCCAUGCGAAAACCAAUCAACUUUUUUAUUGUAAACAUGGCCAUGUCAGAUCUGUUGUUUCCGAUUGUCUGUUUUCCAUACCUUGUAAUAGAGAUUAACUUCGGCAACUGGUCGUUAAGAGGUCCUGUAGGACAAGCUUUUUGUAAGCUGCAUGACUUCCUCGUAUUUGUCUCUGCUUUGGUGUCAACUCAGAGUCUGGUUCUUAUAGCAGUGGAUCGAUUUGGAGCUGUAGUUUUUCCUCUCCGUUCUCCACUGAUCAGUUCAAAGCGAUGCCGUUUCUUUAUUCUCACCACUUGGAUCAUUGCGGUUUCUGCUUAUAUCCCAAAGGCGAUGGCCUUCCAACUUGUUGAGUAUCAGGAAGGGCUGGUAUGUGUGCCCAAGUGGAAUGAUGUAUUUGUAGAGUCACUGAGUCACCGAAACUACGUAUUUUCAAUGCUUGUAAUAUUCUGGUAUGUCCCUUUGGUUUUGAUUGCCAUACUUUACAUGACCGUUGUUAUUAAACUAAAAUCUCAGAAUAUUCCGGGCGAGGGAUCGGCCAGCGGAAGAGAACAACAGUCGCGCAGACAGAAAAAUGUGCUGAAGAUGUCAAUUGCCAUCGUGGUAACGUUCAUAAUAUGCUGGCUGCCCGGUACUAUCCGGUGGUUCCUUGUCUCCUACCAACCAGACAGCACUAUGACGGCAUCUUGCGGCUUUCAAUAUUUCGCACUUAUUGCCUCUUGUCUGGCUCAUUUUAACAGUGCUAUAAACUCUUGCAUCUCUUUUAUUUUCAGUGGAAACUAUCGCCAAGGUCUUAAAAAUCUCUCGAGGUGCUGCUUUGUAUGCACCAGAGCCAACCAAGUUGCAAAGUAUUAA